AUGAAAUUGGUCGUUUUGAACGUCACUCUCGACGACAAGUUGGAACUUCCGGAACAGAAACUAGAGCAAGGAGAAUCUAUAGUCCGAAAGGUAGUAGAGCUGAACAAGCUGUACGACGAAUUAAAAGAGUACGACAAGAAGGGAUUCGUGCUGGACGCGCGGUUGCAACAUUUUGCUGCUGGUUUUGCAUUGGGACAAAAGUUGGUUAGUUCCAAGAAAUAA